GGUAGCACAAGACCAGUACUCAGAGUAAUCCCUAUUCCCAUCCGCGCUCCCGAAGGAAAGCCCCAUCAUCGUCGUCAAGCCACCGAAGCCAGGAAAAUACCGAGGAGGGAGGGGUUUAUGUUGUUGUUAUUAUUAACAAUGUCGUCGUUGUACCUCCACCAGACUCAGACUCAUCUUGACCAUGAUGAUUGUCACGACGAAACGAGAAAUAUCCCACGUCGGGUGAUUGAGAUUCGGAGGGUGGUGUGGGUGGUAGAGGUAGAGACACUGACAAUGGUGAUAGUGAUGAUGAGGGUCUGUGUUCUAUUUGUUCUGCGUUAUCCACCUGGUACCCCACCAUUACUCUGGGUGCUUCAACAACGGGGACGAGCACCACUGUACUUAGUGGACCCAUGGUACCCACCGUACUCACACCACCCACUGUUGUUGACAUCGGACUUGGCAUCUGCAUCAUCGCAGUCGUCGUCCUAAAUUUCCAAACCUCGCUCUCCAACACCCCUCCAACACCCCUCCAACGCAGCUUUGAUACAAGCGAAGGGCAGAUGUGCUGUGCUGUGAUCUGAGCUUAAAGGAGGGAGAAUUUUGCGCAGAGCUUGAGCAGUGACAUCUGUGUUUUUUAGUAGUCGUGGAAUAUGAUGUUUGUUAGUGUCCCAGUUGCUGCAUUGAGACCAACCAAUCCGACUCUCCAUUGUAUUUGUGUCGAGUUUGAUUGACCACUGUACUAGUCUCUUUUGUAGUACUAAGUAGGGUGAGGAGAGAUACUAGAGAAAUUAAAUUAGAGAGUGAAUAGUGAAAUAGGCUCAACUUAGCUGGAGAAUCUAGGGAUUAGGAAAUUGGAGGGACUCAUUGAGAUCAGGCUCAGUUGGGUCGAAGGUAGUGCGGGUACAUACCAAUCCGGGUCCUAUGGAUGCGGCUGCUUCAACGGACUGACCCACCUUGAAUUACAACCUCUCGGGCUUCACGAC